GGGAUUUGCAAACCGAGUUACAUGCAUGUCCAGUGGGGGUAGGUUUAAUUUUGACGAUGGAGGGUCCUACUGUGGAGGCUGGGAGGACGGCAAGGCGCACGGCCAUGGCGUCUGCACCGGUCCCAAGGGCCAAGGCGAAUACACAGGCUCGUGGAGCCACGGCUUCGAGGUGCUGGGCGUCUACACCUGGCCCAGCGGCAACACGUACCAGGGCACUUGGGCGCAGGGCAAGCGCCACGGCAUCGGCCUGGAGAGCAAGGGGAAGUGGGUGUACAAGGGCGAGUGGACGCACGGAUUUAAGGGGCGCUACGGGGUGCGGGAGUGCACGGGCAACGGGGCCAAGUACGAAGGCACCUGGAGCAACGGGCUGCAGGACGGCUACGGCACGGAGACAUACUCUGACGGAGGGACCUACCAGGGCCAGUGGGUCGGCGGCAUGCGGCAAGGCUACGGCGUGCGGCAGAGCGUUCCCUACGGCAUGGCAGCGGUCAUCCGCUCGCCCCUGAGGACGUCCAUCAACUCUCUGCGCAGCGAGCACACCAACGGCGCGGCGCUGCACCCCGACGCCUCCCCGGCGGUGGCCAGCAGCCCGGCCGUGUCCCGAGGGGGCUUCGUGCUCGUGGCCCACAGCGACUCCGACAUCCUCAAGAGCAAAAAGAAGGGGCUGUUCCGGCGCUCGCUGCUGAGCGGCCUGAAGCUGCGCAAGUCCGAGUCCAAGAGCAGCCUGGCCAGCCAGCGCAGCAAGCAGAGCUCGUUCCGCAGCGAGGCCGGCAUGAGCACGGUCAGCUCCACGGCCAGCGACAUCCACUCCACCAUCAGCCUGGGCGAGGGCGAGGCCGAGCUGGCGGUCAUCGAGGAUGACAUCGACGCCACCACCACGGAGACCUACGUGGGCGAGUGGAAGAGCGACAAGCGCUCGGGCUUCGGCGUGAGCCAGCGCUCCGACGGGCUCAAGUACGAGGGCGAGUGGGCUGGCAACAGGCGGCAUGGCUACGGCUGCAUGACCUUCCCCGAUGGCACCAAGGAGGAGGGCAAGUACAAGCAGAAUGUCCUCGUGAGCGGCAAGCGCAAGAACCUCAUUCCGCUGCGUGCCAGCAAGAUCCGCGAGAAGGUGGACCGGGCGGUGGAGGCCGCCGAGCGGGCUGCCACCAUUGCCAAGCAGAAGGCGGAGAUCGCGGCCUCCAGGACCUCCCACUCCAGGGCCAAGGCCGAGGCCGCCCUCACCGCAGCACAGAAGGCUCAGGAGGAGGCACGCAUCGCCAGGAUCACUGCCAAAGAGUUCUCGCCUUCCUUCCAGCACCGGGAAAAUGGGCUCGAGUACCAGCGGCCGAAGCACCCGAUCUCCAGCAGUGAUGUCGAGGUGGCCUCCACGGGGACGCCCUUGCAGCAGGAGAGCCCCGAGCUGUACCGCAAAGGCACCACCCCCUCGGACCUGACCCCCGACGACAGCCCCCUGCAGAGCUUCCCCGCCAGCCCCACGGCCACCCCGCCCCCGGCCCCUGCCUCACGGAACAAGGUUGCCCACUUCUCCCGGCAGGUGUCCGUGGAUGAGGAGCGAGGCGGGGACAUCCAGAUGCUCCUGGAGGGCCGGGGAGGGGACUAUCCCCGCAAUAGCUGGGGUGAGGAGAAAGCCGGAGGCUCCAGGGGCAUCCGCGGCGGUGCCCUCCGCAGCAGUCAGCCUGCGGACGACUUCCGCUCCCGAGGCUCGGGCCACAAGCAGCCCAGCAACCCCAAGUCCCGGGAACGGCGGACGGAAUCACCCCCCACGUUCUCCUGGACUUCCCACCACCGGGCCGGCAACCCCGGCUCUGGGGGUGCCAAGCUGCUGGAGCUGGACGAGGAGAAGCUGAGCAACUAUGAGAUGGAGAUGAAGCCGCUGCUGAGGAUGGACUCGUACGUGCAGGAGGUGCACCCCCAGAAGAGACGCUACAGCAAGGGGGCGGCCUGCCGGGGCUUGGGGGAGGACCACCGCGCCGACGAUCGGGGCUUUGGGACCCAGAGACUGCGGUCCAAGUCCCAGAACAAGGACAGUGCCAGGCUGGGCCCCUGCGCGGAGCCCGCGGUGCAGAGGUUGGAGAGCCUGCGGCUGGGGGACCGGGCUGAGCCACGCCUGCUACGCUGGGACUUGGCCUUCUCCCCGCCCCAGAAGUCCUCACCUGUGGCACUGGAGUCGGACGAGGAGAACGGGGACGAGCUCAAGUCCAGCACGGGCUCGGCUCCCAUCCUGGUGGCCAUGGUGAUCUUGCUCAACAUCGGAGUCGCCAUUUUGUUUAUUAACUUUUUCAUCUGAUGAGAUGUCGCGUUAGCAAAAACAACGACUGGUGUACAAAAGGGACCUUAACACACAACAAAAGGGAAGGAUCGUAACUCGGACAGCCCGACAACCACUUCCGAGUCUUUUCACAGAACAACAUGAUUGGGUAUUACUCACAGUUUGCCUUUUUUUCUGGGUAAUGUUUUUUGGAUUUUAGCCAAAAUUCUUUGCUUGUAUAACACGAUGCUGUGUGGCAUGGCAGAAGGAGGCCAGCACGCCGACCCUCCAGCUUGGUGUGGAAAGGAAAGGGAUCCCAGCAAAUCAAUGGCCGAAAACUAAAGCGGCCACGGUCCUCGCCGCCAUCACAGCCGGCCUGGGACUGGAAGAGGAGGCAGUGGAGGAAGGCCCCCGCCUGUCCAGCUGUGCCCGGCCGAUGGGGAAGCAGCUGCUGUCAGGCUGAGCACAGGAAGUCGGCUACCUCUGCUUUUCCUUUGGGUCCUGGCAGAGUGAGCGGGUGACCGUAUGGGCGUGCAGCAGGGGGGAGAGGGAGUGCCAUCCCCGUUGGCAGCAGCCUGGGCGUCUAUUCGGAGUAUGUGAUGUGUACUUGAGGAAGCAGGGACCUGCUGCCUCUUCUCUUCCCCCUGAAACACCACAUCCUGCCCUCUGCUCCCUCUGGCCUUGGAGGUGAGGCUAGCUCCCCACAGAGUCUGAAAGGAAGGUCCUUCUGCUCCCCGGGUCUGCCCCCACACCCACGCCUACCAUCCUUCCCCCCAACCCCUCCCCCAUCCCCAGGAAGCAGGGCUGCAGACAGGACCGAGGGCGGAGAGUGGCGUGGGGCCACUUAGCCCUCAGGCUGGCCCCAAGUGUGCCAUUUGUACACUUGGCAUGCAGCAGGUGUAUCCAGGUCCCCUUGCCCCGUCCAACAUCUAUGGCAGUGACCUGGCCCUCCGUGCCAUCCUCUCUCACGGUCACUCAGCACACGGUCCCCGCAGCUCUGUCCUGUGUGGGCCUCCCCUCCCCCUCCCGAUGUGCACACUGUCUAGAUGCCUCACUCGUACCCUGGAGCUGAACUGGUCCCAGGACAGGAAUGUGAACGAAAAUUCCUAAGCAGUCGUAGCUUCUCCCUCUCACCCGAAUACACGUGGUUGAGUUUGGGUCUAUAUCCUCUACCACUGUUGCUCCAUCAUCCAAAUGAAAGAAAAAGGUUCCAGGAGGUUUGGGCGCCCCAUGGUCCUAGCGCUGGAGCCAGCCCCAGCCCGUGGGUAUGGACGUGUCUAUGGGGCAUGGCCACGUCCAUACGCAGGCCUCUGCGCUCACACCUGGGACGGCCCUCACCGGGAGCUUCCACAGCCGUCCUGGGCCCGGCCCGGCUAUGGACUCUGCCUUGCUUUGCUUAUGUUCAGCUGUUUCUCUGCUACCUUUCAAGCAGAUUUCUUUACUACACUGCACUGGAUUGCUAUAUUUUUAACCAGAAAUAAACUAAAGAUUAGAGCAUGUUCCAGUUAAAGCCAGUUUUAUUUUUUCCGUUCUACAUUCACUCCCCACUUCUUCUCAGUUUGGCUUAGUCUGGGGGUCUUUUUUGGGGAGUGGGGACAUAGGAGAGGGAGGUGAGGAUCCGUAAGAAAUACGUUGCUGGUAAUGUCACUUUCUAAAGGGAAAUUGCAUCUUUUUGUACAUCUUACUUUCCAUUUUUUUUUUUUACUACCGAGUGGUUGCUGCAGAUCUGAGGUGAACCAAAUAAAGACUCCUGCUCCUUGCAGCUCAGAGUCCUCCAUGCUGGGACAUGGGUUUUAUAGUUGUGUUUGUAAUUCUUCAUAAGGACCACAGAUUUUAGUACAUUCUGGUAACAGCAUGACACAAAAUGGUACCUACAUUUGGUUACACACACACAUGUGCGCGCAUGCGUGUGCUGACCUGGGAGGCACUCAGAUAAAUGUGUAUGCCGCCCGGUGAAAGCAGGAGGGGCUCACACAGUGACUGGCUUGGGUCACGUCACGCAUCUGACCCUGAAACCACAGCUGUGGAAACCAGAGCGCUUGCCCUUUCCCUGCCCACCGGGGAACUACCUGUGGGUUCCACAAAGACCACAACGUCCCAAGUCUCAGAGACUCUAGAAGUGGAUCUUCAAGUGGUUUCCAAACUGCUUAAGGACCGGGCAGCUCAGCAGGCAUGAGUGCUUCCGUACACCUGGCUGGCUUUUCCUAUAGGCCCCAAGCCUUGGGAUCCCCCAAGAGGUGUGCCUGUCCUACUUUGGGGCCGGGGCAGCUAACCAGCGUCUCUCCUGCAUGUUCCCGAUGGACGCGCAUGUGGAGCUAGACAAGGUCACAUGGGACUGUCAGGAAGCAUGGACGGAUGUGCAUGUCAGGGCUGGCCCCCUGUGGGUACCAAGUGUUGACAAGUUUUAAUUACUCCCAGAACAACCUCAUGAGAGUCCUUUUCUCCCCUGACAGCUGCUUCCAUUUGCUAGAUGUGAAGUCAGAGGCCAAGAGCUCCUGAGUUGGGGCCUGUGGGGAAGGGGGCAGCCAGGUCACCGCUCCAUGCCCAGCUCUUGCCGCCCUCCCUGGGCUGGGAGCCCUGAAGUCACAUGUCACCUAGAAGGCCUGGCCAGGAAUGCUGCCCUCCCCUCCCCGCCCCUGGGGUCAGCAGGGGAGCUUGUCUGUGCCCACGGUACACCUGCUGCAUUUACCAAAAAUGUGAGGAAACUUACAUGGCAGGCUACCUAUGCUUUCUGAAAUUUGCUCAGGGCCUGUAAAGUGAUUGCAUAAUUUCAAGCACAUGAAAAAUUAUCCACACUUCCAAGUUUCCUCAUCAUUAGCACACGGGAUUCCCAAAGACACAGAGCAGGGAUGCAAUACAGAAGCCCAAAUAAGUGAUCAGGAAGAGGACAUCGAUGGAAAAAACUUCCGGGUACCCAAAAAAGUGCAAUGCCCAUUGCCAAAAUUGCUCUCCCAAGAAGUCCACAGCCACAUUUACCAGUUGAUAAACUCGUGUCUUUGUUGAAGCUACCGCACGGGCUAUGAGCACGUGUACGCAAAUGCAAACACACACACACACACACAGUGGCAGAGUGGGCUCCUCAGCACCUGUGCCAACCCAGAUGCUCUGGUGCCUGGACUCGGCUCAGGUCUCACCAGCCCAGAUGCCCUCGGUGCCUGGUUUUGGUGCCCACACCAACAGGCACCCCACAUCCUGGCCAAUACCUGACAUCCCCACGUGGUCCUAGAAACGCUCCCUUUCACUUUUAACAGUCCCAGUUUGGAGGAUAAAUUACACGGGCACCCCACUUAAAACCAAAGGACGUUACUGAGAGCCUGAUGGGCUCCAUGUAGACGAACACCUGGGGGUACGAAGAAGAUAAUGUGCUGGUGUUUUCUGCAUUUUUUUAGUUUGGGUUUUGGCCACCUUUCUUGAUCCCCUCCUGAAUCAGCACCAGUUGUGGGUGCCCUCUGGAGGCAGGUCUCAUGGGCACUCAGGUGGACACGCCUCAGACACCCACAGUGCCCUCCUCUGGAGGCAGGUGCUCGCUUCCUCUUUACAGACACAAGAGGUCACCUCUCUAGACUAAGGAGAGGGCCAGCCUCAGGUCUGGACUAAGCUCACUUUCUCCAACUCCUAUGGGUCUUGUCUUCCGGUUUUCUUGCCUUUUGUCUCAGAAACUUAACAUAAAGGUGCCUACUAGAUUUUAAAGCCUCUCUGUCCACAGCCGCGUGUGCGGCCUGACCCCACAUAAUGGCCAGUACGGAGCAGAGCUGAUGGCGUCUCAUGUGUCCACAGUGUCCUGCCUUGGACAGGAUUUGCUCAUGUCAGAUAAGCAUAAAUGUGAAGCAACAGGACCAGGAGUUCAGACAAAACAAUGAGGAACAAGGGUGAAGUGUGCUCUUGCUAGCAAAUGCAAGGUGCCUUGUUAGUUUUGUUCCCUGUCCAGGCCUGGCCAUGUGUCCCGCGAUACUGUCUGUAAGAGAAGACUGGAAAAAUGAUCUGUCCUCAAGUGUCCCUGAGAUCUGUUCUCAAGAAAUGUUGCUAACUCAGCCUUAAAAGCAGAAAAAGUACAGUUGCCUUUGUUCAAAAACAGAAAAAUGAAGCCGUAUUUUUACAGUCUGAAAGCUCUGGAAACCAAGGGUCGCAGGUGCUGAAAGCCUCCAUGGAAGAGGGUGGGGAGGACACCAGGCACCUAGGAAAGCUGCAGACAGGAGACACCAGCACCGUGUGGCGCCUGGAUGGUGAAAACUACUAAGGACGGCCUCACCUUCUCCAAAACUAUAGCCCAUGAGCUAGGAACAGAGGUCGCUUUCAGAGUCUGCCUCCGCGUAAAACCCCCACAUGGAGAUACUUGAGAGGUAGGGGGACAGACACACGCUCUCUGGCGUGUCCUUUGACUUCAGAGAGGCAGGCAGCCCUGCUGAGGGCAGAUCUGCGCAGUUGAGAGGAGCCCAGGGCCAGCGUAGGUGCGGAAGCCCCGGCCUAGGGCUUCAGGGGUGGCAGGCAGGGAAGGCAGAGAACAGCACACCUCAUACCUACCUCACUUGUCUGGCCCCCCCCACUCCCACCUGCUGAAGACCCCCCCACACACCUCAUUGCUGUGUCUGCACAUGCCCUCUCCCACUGCCCUUCCAUCCUGUCUGAGCCGCAAAUGCCUGGUGACACAGGGAAGUGGCAGCCCAAACUCAUGAAGGGCAGGAGGCCCCAAGGGACGGCAGGGCAGGUGGGCAGGGCAGGUGUGGGCUGGGCCCUGCUCCCCCUACUUGUUGCUACUAGCACCUGCCCCGACGAUUCAUUCCAUGCCCGCUAUGAAGGUCAGAGGUCAGCAUGUGAUCUAGCAGAGCAGCUUGAGAUUUCUAGUCCCCUAAGAUCAGAGUUAUUGUCUCCCAGUGCUUCCUGUGCGAGGACACACGUCACAAAUGAAGGGCUUUCCAUCACAUGCUGUUCAACCAUGAGGCCAAUAGCACUCCUGCCACCUGAGGGGGUCUCCUUCCCUGAACACUGUCCAUCCCCAGGAUACCCUACACCCUCGUCCGCCUGCGGAAGGCAGGAGUGAGGAGGAGAGCUGCCCCCCAGGCACCCAGCAGGGAGAAGAAAGGUGUGGGUACAGGAGGGGGGUAGUCAGCUCCACAGGCACGCCCCAACACAGGCUGCUCCUGCAGCCCCAGCUUGGGAUCCCUGGGUGGGCCCUGCUCCAUGUAGCACUGUCACUGCCACCACCAGAGCAAUGUGGCCUGCACUUCCAGCCUGAUGCCCGCUGGUGCUGGGUCGGCCCCGUGCACGGAACACCGGCACUCGGGGUUACUGGCAGGCGGGGACCCCCCACUGCCGAGCUGCUGGUGCCUCCAGUGCACUGAGCUGAUGAACCCACAGCUGGACUGUGCUUACUUGUACCAUUCACCACGUCCAAAGAAACAGCAACCGCUGUAGCCUGAUCGAAACAAAACCGACGCAGCCCUCACUGCUCAGGUGAGCAGCGUGUGCACACGUGCCCUCACACUACACAGGAGACCGCUCACCCUGACAGAGAUGCCUUUUUGUGAAUUCUGACAUAAAUCGGUCUUGAUCUGCGUUUUCUCUUUCCCACUUUCCCCCUGGUGCAUGUAAACUUUAAUACAGUGCAAUCGUUUGUGCAUUGACAAAAAGGGAAUGUUAACUAUGUUUUGAUUUUUCUUAUUGAUGAAGCGGCUAAAAAUGUUACCUCGCCAUUUUAUCUUUUAGCUGGGAAAAAUAGCUUGGUUACUUAUAAAAUGAAAAUUAAAUACUUUUCCUUAAUGAAUGUAACACUUCAAAUCAUACCACUAUUAUGUAUUUCACUAUCUGAAAGCAAGGGAUACUGUCAAGAUUUAAAACAAUUUUGCUCCUUUUAGUAAUAAACAUCAUUUGAAAACUUUGGGUCCCUUGCAUCAUCUCAUUACAGAUCAGGGUCUUCACUGCAAUCUCCUUCUAAUGCCAAAAUUUUGAGAGGGAGAAAUGUGAAUUCCCUCUUGGGG